CCUGCUUCAGCCCUACUGUGAGGUCAGCGCCUUCCAAUGAGUUGUGGCCAGAGGUGUGCGGUGGGGCCCGGCUGGACAUGGCCCCCCGUCCCCAGCUUGACUCUUGCCUGCUCGGCAUCCCCCUUGGUCUGAUAGGCUUGUCCCUUUCGCUCAUCCCUGCAGCAGCUGCGGCCAACUGCGAGUGCGGUCUGGGCCUCAGCCGCGAGGCCCUCAUCGCCCUGAUUGUGGUGCUGGCCGGCGUCAGCGCCAGCUGCUUCUGUGCCCUGGUCAUCGUGGUCGUUGGCGUCAUGCGCUCCAAGGGUGAGAAGUGCCUCGGAGAGAUGGACAGCAGGUUGGUGGGGCACUUCGGGGUCCAGGAAGAUCGCAUGGACCUGCGCUCGGUGCGUGUACAGUCCCACCUCGUGGACCCCCGGCUGGAGGGCUGCGUGAUGCCAGCCCUGGAGAGCCGGGGCCUGGUGGCCAUGGACUCCAUGACGGCCUCGCUGACCAUGGAGGAGCGGUCCGCCUCGCCAGCCCCCUCCUGAGCAGGGCUGGGGCAGCCGGGGCGGGGGAUUAAACGCUAGCUAGUGAC